GAACUUUUGCACCGGCAAUUAGCUGCAAUUGCCAUCGGUUCGAAAUGGACAUCUGUACGUCCAGCGCCAUCUCCAACCUUCUCCAACAUAGACUUUUCGCUCAGAGUCACUCGCCUCUCCUAUCUACAGCUAGUCUGUCUCCCAAGAAAACCACAAUAUCUCUGAGAAAAUCAGGAUUUUUGCAUUUCUCUACCCCUUUGCUGAGAGCAAUGAUCUCUGAAGAAACUUCAACUAGUUUAGAUGAGAAGUCAGGAGAAGUGCCUGAUGGAGUAAUAACAAUGGAGGAAACUCCAGCAAAUGAAGCAACGUCUUCAGAAGCAUCCAAAGAAUUGCCUACUGAGGAACAGAUGCAGAUCUUCGAGGUUUUGGACAAGCUUAAUAUAAAGUUGGACUCAGAAGAUACAUAUUCACUUCUCCUAUAUGGAUGUGGUGCUUUGGUUGUGCUGUGGUUAACAUCAGCCUUGGUUGGUGCCAUUGAUUCCAUUCCUGUGUUUCCAAAGCUGUUGGAAAUUGUGGGUCUUGGCUACACAAUCUGGUUCAUUUCCCGCUAUCUGAUCUUUAAGAAAAAUAGGGAGGAGAUGUUUGCUAAAAUUGAAGAGCUUAAGGAAGAGGUUCUUGGGUCAACCGAUGAUUGAUCCAUGUGGAAUUCGUGUUGGUCACCUGUUCAUAAGGUUCUAUUUGUGAUGUGGAAGGGAAUUAUAUA